AUGGAUUUCAGUCAGUCAUUAGACGAGAUGCGCAGGCUUUGUCUCCCACCCUUCUUCGAUGAAGAAUCUUUUCCCACAACAGGAGGGUACGUUACCGGCAGACUAUGUUCGAAUAUCACGGGCGUAUCUUGUUGCUUGCCGUGUCCUUUGACCGACUGGGUCUAUCCGGACAACUUCCAAACUGCCACGAAAUCCGCAGACUGGAUCAACGUUGCUGGUAUGGUAGGAUGUGCUUUUCUGCUGCUUUCAUGGAUUGCAUUACCUGUGGAAAGAACACAUAGACAUUACCUGAGUAUCUGUCUUACGGUGGCUGUGGUAUUCAUGAAUUUGGGAUUCAUCAUACCAUUAGCAGGGAAACCAGAGCAAUGUUUCAACGAAAUCACACCUCACGGCCAGGACUCAAGCUCUAUAUGUGCUGCUUCGGGGGCCUUUCUGCUCCUCGGUGGCUGGGGUGGUGUCUUAUGGGUUUUCCUGAGGGCACUCUCUCUUCAUUUACAAAUUUGCUGGCAAAUGGUGGUAGGACGGAAUUACAUGUGGUUUUCUCAGGCUUUGGGCUGGGGCAUCCCGAUCGUUGGGCUUGUUCUAUUGUUGGUCUUUAGCGGCGUCUCUUUCCGAUUUGGCGCGACAUGCCAUAUCAACCACGAAAAUAGCUUGGCGGAUUUUUGGAUUCCCCUCCUCAUCUUCUCUGGUCUGACAGUGUUGAUCCAAUUCGCGACUUUUGGCUACUGCAUCAAGGUUUAUCUUGCAUCUCUCGCGGACAGCGCCGAGUCCACGGAACACUCUGGAAGGCCAUCUUACUCUAACAGUAUUCGAACCAUGACUCCUCGUCAGGCCUAUCGACGUGUCCGACGAGUUGUACAGCUUCAAUGGCGGGGCAUCGUGAUCGUGUUAAUUAUCAUUGCUGAUGUCAUUUUCUUUGCUGUUGUCUUUGUCUUCCUUGACAGCACUGUUCAGGAUAUCAAGACUGACCCGAUCAAGGCGCUACCGUGGCUCAACUGUCUUGCUACAUACAACGAUAAACAUGAAUGCUUGAAUCUAGUUCAGCCCUUGGUUGUCAACCUACCGACAGUCACCGCGGUGCUCGUUCUUCUAGCAAUGAAUGGCCUGUGGCUCCUUCUAAUACUUGGACGCUGGUCCAUGGUGACCGGAUGGUUCGAACUGGUUGCAAAACUUGGCAGCCGUAGAAAGAAUGAAUUUGUGUCUGUUGACGCACGGAUGGAUCUUAAGAAUGAUCCCCGUUCCUAUGAAAUGUUGGACCGCGACUUGACCGGCAAAGACGAAACAUCACUGACUCCAAAUAGCGCGAUGUCACCGACGUCUCCCGCCUCUCCCGGCCGCAAAACUCCCGAUUACUUCGGGCGCACCACACCGUAUAAGCCUCAUCAACGAUCGUUCUCAUCCCCUCGAGUCCCACAGAACGUCCGCUUUGAAAUGAUGGACACCUACCAAUCAUCAUAUCCCUCCCCGCCAGCGCCCACACAUGCGCCGUCACCCGCCAUAUCGCCCCAAGGCUACACAGGCUAUGGUAGCAUGAAUCCCCUCGGGAUGAACAGGAUAGAAACACAAGAAAACACGCGGUAUAGCCCCGCAACUUAUAGCCCGCCCAAAGGACCCGGCCACGUAUUCAUAUGAAACCCACCAUCGUCAAACUAACGACGACUACUCCUGCGACGACAACGAAGCAGCUAUGUAUAUUUGCUGUGGUCGUGUCACACUACGACUGGCAUUAUGAACUAUUUUGGAAUUCGCAUGAGCGAAAAGGAACCGUAUUCACUUACCUUGAGCGUGGCGUCUGGCGGAAUCUUUUCUUUGUCUUUUUGCCUAUUUUGCGCGGAUCAUGUACGGCUAGGAGGUAUUUACCAAACGGCGGUGUAUAUGGAGUCGGUCUCUUUCGCCUAUAGCGACUGCUGCGACUGUUAAAGGAUUUUCUACGAAUGAAGAAGGGGAGCUAUAUAGGAACUGGCUGGGUAAUUCCAGCGACCACGAAGGAAACCACGAUAUCAGGACACUAUUCUGGACAUAUGGAUGUACUAUGGCAGUACAGGUAUGCAUCGUGUGAAAUAAAAUCCACGACAUUGGCACGGUAAACGGCG